AUGCCCCGACAUCUGUUUUCUUCUGCGGUGCUGCUGCUCCUUUUUUUCAUAUGCUGCGGCAGUCAGUCUGUGCAAGCUGAUGAACCUGUUGCAGUGAAUGCUGUUGACCCGGUAGAAGGGACAACAUUGUUAUCCGAUGCCAAAUGGGAGUACAUUAAAUCCACUGAGGGGUCAUUGAGCUCGCUGCGCGUCCCCAGUCUCGUUAAAGUGGGAGAAGAUGUGUUUGCCGUUGCCGGGGCGUGGUGCAAGAAGACUGACGGAAGCGGCUUUGCUGGGAUUGCGUCGACGCACCUCAAGGAACCUGAAACUGCCGCCGCAACGGAGGUCUCAGCAACGGACGCAAGUUCGUUCGCCACGCAGCUGCUAAAGAAGGGCGAGGAGGCAACGGACGUCAUGUGGCCGACAACAAUUGUCCGGGGCACCGAUGUCUACGUGCUGCUGGGAAACUACAGCCGUGCCGAGCCCACGGCUGAAACCCCCGGUACCGAUGGCUGGAACCUGCUGAUGGUGAAGGGAACUGUCACUGGAAGCAGUGAAGCGAAGAAACUCACAUGGAGUGAGACCCAUGCAGUGAAGCCCCAAUCCGCAGGAGACCAUGAUUCCCUGACGCGGCUGGUUGGCGGCGGAGGCUCGGGUGCUGUGCUGAAGGAUGGCACGCUUGUGUUCCCCAUGCAGGCCAUUGACAAGGAGAAAAAGAGUGCUCUGCUGACCAUGCGCCUCACCGAGUCAAAGAAGAAGUGGGAGCUUUUGUCAGUGGCGACGGAGGUGAGCUGCAGGGACCCGUCCAUCGUGGAGUGGGGGGACGACGGAAGCCUCCUCAUGGUCGCUUCCUGCGAGGGUGGAUGCUACGAUGUGUUCAUUUUGGCUGCGGAUGGGAGGCAAUGGUAUCGUGUGUUUGCGUCGAUUGCCUGCGUGUGGGGCAACACACAUGCCGGGAAAGGGUUCCACGUGCGCACCGGCCUCAUCACGGCGGACAUCGAGGGAAGGAAGGUUGUGCUCCUCACCGCGCCGGUGUAUUCAGGGGAGGCAAGCGUCGUAACGGGUCGGCUGCACCUUUGGGUGACAGACAUGCAACGCGUGCACGAUGUCGGUCCGGCAUCCGCUGCCGACCACAACGCCGUCGCCAGCUCCCUGCUGUACAAAAACGACACGAAGGAGGAAUUGACUUUGCUGUACGAGAAGGUGAGUGGAGACUAUUACGACCUUGUUUCUCUGCGCCUGACCGAGCAGCUGCAGCGGGUACAUCAAGUGGUGCGGCGCUGGACCGCAUUGGACGAGGCCCUGCAAAGCUGCACCUCCACUGGCAGUGGUGAGCCGCAAAAGACAGAGGGCAGUUGCAAAGGCUCUGUUCCCACGGAAGGGCUGGUGGGCCUUUUGUCCGGCACGCUGGAUCAGACUGCGUGGGUGGACGAGUACCUCGGCGUGAACGCAACAGUAACGAAUGAGGCGGUGACAGCGACAAAGGCUUCUAACGGGCUGCAGUUCAAAGGCGCCGGAGCGGGGGCGCAGUGGCCCGUGGGGAAACUGGGGCAGAACCAGCCGUACUACUUUGCAAACACUGCGUUCACGCUUGUGGCGACGGUGACGAUCCACGCGGUGCCGGCGGACGGGAGCAGCCCUCUGCCUUUGCUGGGUGCGAGGAUGAAUGACGGCGCCAACACCGUGCUUUUUGGUUUGGCGUACACGAAGGACAAAAGGUGGAGUUUCACGCUGCACAGUAAUACUUCUGAUGGGUCUGCUGUCACGUGGGAACCAGGCACAGCCUACCGGGUGGCAGUGACGAGGGAUUGGAAUGCCUGGGUCGUCUACGUGGACGGGAGUGUGGUUGACGAGGGGAACUACGAUGGCCCGCUGCUCGUCUCGGCCAUGGUCUCGCACUUCUACUUCGGCGCCGAAGCCAAGGACGGUGCAACAGAGAGCGUCGACGUGACGGUGGCCGACGUCCUGCUGUACAACCGCGCGCUUGGCGGUGAUGAGAUCCGGCAGCUCAAAGACGGCGCAGUCACAAUUCCACGACCGGCUGCUGCGGGGGAGGCAAAAAAGCCGGAGACUGACUCCUUGACACCCGGCGGCAGCGGUGUGAAGGCGAACUUUCCCGCGCUAGCACCAGGGGAAAACGCUGUUGACGGUGCGCUACCUAAAGACCCUCAACCGGCGUCUGUGGGGGCGGGCACUGGAACUCCCCCCUCGCAGAAACCGGCACGCUCACAGGCGCCUUCUGCACCCAAAGGCCCGGCAGACAGUGAAGGGGACGCACUGCGGCAAGGCAGCGGGGCACAGACACUACCACCGCCACCAUCGGGGCGAACCCAUGGAGCCACUCACGCUGGCGAUGGCGCUGAUGCAUCUCAUGCGGGCCAGGCCCCGAACGAGGCGGAGGAAAGGCAGAAGGAGAGCAAGGAGCAAAGUGGCGACGCCGCCUCGGGGUCUCCGCCGGAUUUGGCGGCAGCAGCAGCAUCGAAGACGAACACUCCUGCUGGACUGGGUGGGGAUGGUACGGCUGCCGCCGAGCCUGAAAAUGAGGGUGAGGGUGAAACGCCGGGUCCCGAAAAGAAGGACGCUGCUCCGGAGGCGGUGCUGAGCUCGGACGGCAGCCCUCCUGCGCGCAGUGACGCUGACCAGCCUCCCGCGAGCAACACCACCGGCACUUUUCUCCCCGGCAACGUCUCCGCUGCCUUCAAGAACAUGACUGGCUUGAGGCCCAGCGAGGGAGACAGCGACGGCGCUGUGCGUGGGUGUGUGUCUCGGCUAUUGCUGCUUGUCCUGCUGGGGCUGUGGAGCACGACGGCUCUCCGCUGA